UACGCGUCGCGCCGUCAAGCGACCAUGGGCUGAACGUGAUCGUAAUCGGUACCGCGUGUGUGUGUGUCGUGUGUAAGCUGCCUGCCUGGACGCCGAUGAUUCGUAUGUGCUAAGCGCAGGCGUCCGAGGAUGCCUUCCCGUCGAUGAACCAGUCUACCUCCGGCCGAUGACAAAGAUUUCUGCUGUCGUUGCCAGCGCGGAACAAUGAAGACGGUCUAGCGGUCGCACCAUGGCGUGGCGACGCUGAGCUGCACGGACUGCUCGGCUUCGUCAUCCAGCAGCGGCACCAGUGAUAUAACAGAGCCUUGCUCGCCGUACAGCCCCGCCUCCUCCACACACUCGUCCUCUAACUCGGAGAGUGGUGACGACCAGCUCCAGCAGCAGAGGAGGCAGCAACAGCAUCCGCAGAACCAACGCACCUGGUCUACAGCCUCGCAGAUGGCUCCCAAUGUGCCUUCAGAGGGUGAGCGGGAGCGAGACUCGGGUCCCUGGUCUUGGACCGGGGGCAACGCCGAGGAGGAAGAACGUGGCCCGCCACCACCCCCGCCACCGCUGUUGGCCGCCCCCGCACCAGCCACCACCGUCGUACACCGGCGUUCCGCCACGUCCGUGGCUGCCUCCCGGUCGCCCUCACCCUCGCACAAACGCCUGAAGGUGGAGCUCCAUCACACUCCUCUCCUGCACGGCAAACGCUGCUGCAAAGCGGCAGCUGUAGCCGCUCGUCAGCAGGGCAAGAUCACGGAGUACUUCAAGACGCAGGCCAAACCUGUAAAUGGUGCCAAGAAGGAACUGGUGGCACUGGCCGCAAAAGCGGGUGCCGUGACAAUGUCCCGGAGAGUGACCGACGCUCGUGAGGGACGCAAGGGUGUCCUAGAAGAGGCGUCGGGUCCCGUGGGGGCAGCGUGCCGGCGCGUGUCUUCCUCCGCACAGAAGUUGAACUCUCUACUGGGACCGCCACCAGCCCCUCCUGCGGAAUCCCCGGCGCGUCCCCCGACGGUGGAUUGUAGUGGGUCCACAGAGACCUCGCCACCUCUAGAGACGGAAGCCCCGUCUGUUGCAGAUGGCAACAGUCUUCACCUAGUCGUCUCACCGUCUGGUCCCACGUCCUGCUCCAAACCGUCACUAUCUUCACCUAUCCUCUCUGUGCCCAGGACUAUACGUUUCCCAGCAGCACAGUGCAGCAAGGCACCCACUCAACUGGAUGCACAGGAUGCCGUAGUUUGCCAGUGGUCGGACUGUGAUGUUCAGUUUGAAACGAGCACUGCUCUGCUUGAACACUUGCAGGUCAGCCAUGUCAACCCUCAAACACAGUCACAAAUCAGUUGUGAAGGCGAGAACUAUGUGUGUUUGUGGACAAGCUGUAAAGUUUAUGGCCGCACAUCUUGCUCUCGUUCGUGGCUGGAAAGGCAUGUGCUUAGUCACGGCGGUAACAAGCCAUUCCGCUGCAUUGUCGAUGGCUGUGGACAGCGAUUUAGCUCACAGACGACACUAGAGCGGCACGUCAAUAGCCACUUCAACCAGACGGAAUCGAGUGGCAGUGGCGGUAGUGCGCGACGUACUCCGGAAAAUGUGAGCAAUAAACUCUUCCGGCGCAAUGGGAAGAAGUUACGCUAUCGACGACAACCUUGGUCAGCUCGCAUGUUUGACUAUUUUGACUCUGGAAUCAUGGAGGGUCUACAGCAUCGGCUUCUGAAUGUAACUGAGAAGAUAACUCAUGGAAAUGUUGAAACGGCUCCAGCAAAUGCUGUUUUCCUUCAGAGCAAGGUGCUGGCGCGGCGGGUGGAGCUCGACGGCAAGACGAAGGUGCUGCUCAGGUGGUUCCCAGAGCACAUCAUUCCGGAUGAGUGGGUGCCAGAAGCAGAUGCGCGGCCUUCGAGAACUGUUCCGCUUCCUGGGUUGCCGAGUACUUCACUGGAGUCGCUGCAUACGGUCCUCUUCUCUAAACCUAAUUCUUCACGGAAGAACCGUCGCAAACAGACGAGGACGACGUGAUGACCGCUUGUCACAUUGUUAGACCGAUUGUAAUUUGCUGUGCCUGUCAUGGAAGCAGAAGUGAACUGUUGGACUGUUAGUGUAAUUAAGAAACUGAUUAACUAUGGAGACACUUGCUUGCUGAUUUCCUUCUACCUCAUACUGCUAUUUUUUCCUCGUCAUCUUUCUUAUUACGUACAUGUUAUGCUUACUUUGUCUCUCUAACGGUUGCCUGUUGCUUAUGUUACGGGUAUCUCUUUUUAGAAAAAAUAGUUCUCAAAUGGUUUAUUUGUUUAUUAAUUUGACAAACAACAAAUUUAGUGAAAUUUUUGAAAGAGAAUAAUGUCUUCAUUCAGGUUGUGUGAAGAUUAGGAGGAAAUCAACAGGCAUAAAAAGGAGCUGCUUCGGCUAGCGUCGAAUGGUAGUCUUAUGAUCUCUUGCACCGAAUCGUAUAUAUUGUAAAAAAGAAGGGGGUGGAGGAAAAUCUCAAAUGCCCUACAAAUCCAAAGUAAACUAAUAUUUGAAACUAAAAGGAAGUCAGUGUGUGUAAUGAAAAGACGAGGAAAGCACUGUGUGAAUGGGGCCAUCAGUAAUAAUAGGAUUUUGUUACUGAACAGUAGCUUUCUCUCUUUUUUUUUUUAUGCCGAAGCACAAACUCGUUAUGUUUGCUACACAAUAAAUAUUGCUGUACUAGUAUCUUUCAUUGAAAUUGCCUUUAGAAUUCAGUAUAAAGCAGUACUGCACUCCAUCAGUAUUACAUAGUGAUAUAACAUUGAUGGUUAAGUUGUGGCAUCAGUUUGCAGCAUUUAUCUGUUCUCUCACCCCCCUCCGCCGGUGUCCCUUAAAAGACAUUGUACAGUAGAAAAAAAGGUUACGCUAUUUAUGCAGAACCAUUUCAGACAAUUUGUUCCUGUUUAGUAGUGUUAAUGAUUACAGAUGGACUGCAUUUUCAGACGUAUAGGUUAAUGUCAUGUAUAUAGUUGGAAAUGGGUUGAGAAUAAGUAGUAGUUAGUAAAAACAGUAGAGGGAUCUCUGUUUUGAAUGUGAAUAAACCAUUGAUAAAUUAGUUAUCUUUUUGAGAGUGGAGAUUUCUCCACACUACACCUCCUCCCCUUUGGAAAAGAAGGAAAGCAGGAAUCAACCAGCUGAACAGUAGCACUGCCAAAUGUGAUUGCAUUGUAUAUAUAGAGAUAAAUGAAUCUUUAUGUAAUUAAUUUUAGUUGUAUUAUUUUGCUCGUACCUUUUAAUUUCCUGUAUGGUUAUUCAGAUUGUGUGUUCAGAAAUCCGGUCAUUCAAACUGACGAGACGCCAAAAUAAUUUCGAGUGACCGUGAAUGCUGGAUAAUUUUGUAGUAAAUUAGCUGGAAAAUGUACAUAAGUGUUUAUAUGAAGUUAUGACUGAAACAGAAUAUUUGGACUCCACCUGUCUAACAACUGUUCUGUGUAGUAUAGUUUUCGGGAAUUAAUAUUCUGUUUCUUUAUUUAAAUUUUAAAUGAAACUUUGUAUAGAUGGCUGAGUAGUUUUUGUAAUAACAAACAAUUUUAUAAUGUGUGCAAAUGCAAGUACGUGUGCAUUUAACAGUUAACUUAUAAUUGUGAAACUGAAGGACCUCGGACGUUACAAGUAACACAGAAAUACUUUCAAUCAACGUAUCACUGCCAAAAAGCUGCCAGACACUGCUAAUGAUUUGUCAUUAUUUAGCUGUGUUUUGUUUUUAAUAAGAUAGUGUCUUAAUAAAGGUAAAUUUCUUCCACAAAGUGUGAUCACUGCCACUAUUGGUGAGGAGUUUGUGUUGUGUGCUCCGUGCAGUAUGAUAUACUUUACAGCACUGUUUGUUUAAGUGUUGUCACAUACAAUACAGCGAGAAUUUUCCACUGUGUUUGUAUUCUGUGCCAUAUCUGUCAUUUGUUUUGUCUGAUUACUGUAAAUGUGGCCUGAAUUGACUUGUGUUUAUGUUCAGCAAUAAAAAUAAAAUUGUUCAAGUUUGUCA